AAACUCCAACCCCCCUCCCGCCUCCCAGGCACCCCCGGGCUCAGGACUACAAGUCCCAGCAGGUGGCGCGAAACGAACGCCCCGAGGCAACGGAGGCUCACGAGGCACAAAGGAGCACAACGCCCCAGUCCGCUUUGUUUUACACUGUCACUCUGUCGGGACGUUCAUACACUUCAACAACCCAAGAAACAGGACUGCUGGCUGAUUCGGGGCAGGAAGGACCGAACUCACGGGAAGGCCAGGCCAAGUGCGCAUGCGUACAUCGGAAGGUUUCCAGAAGGGAAAGAGGGAGCAGAUUAAAUUAGGAGGAGGAAAGAUGGCGGAAGAGUCGCUAGGGGACCCGGAAGCACUUACCCUCUACUUCCUCCCGUUUGCCUUCUGCCUCACCUAGAGCCGUCCGGUCGCAGACUGUCUCUGAGACGCUUCCUGUCCGUAAUAGUCACCAUGAUUCUUCAGAGGCUCUUCAGGUUCUCUUCUCUCAUUCGGUCUGCAGUCUCAGUCCAUUUGAGGAGGAAUAUUGGUGUUACAGCAGUGGCAUUUAAUAAGGAACUUGAUCCUGUACAGAAACUCUUCGUGGACAAGAUUAGGGAAUACAAAACUAAGCGACAGUCAUCUGGAGGACCUGUUGAUGCUGGCCCAGAGUAUCAGCAAGACCUGGAGAGGGAGCUUUUUAAGCUUAAGCAAAUGUAUGGUAAAGUAGACAUGAAUACGUUCCCAGACUUCAAAUUUGAAGAUCCCAAAUUUGAAGUCAUAGAAAAACCGCAGUCCUGAAGAAAUGUAAAAUAUUUCUGGUCAUGUUCCUAGAUGAGUUGUAUAACUGAUCAAAAGUAUCAGAAGAAACAUACAUUUCAACAACUGUCAAAUGUUCUUUCAUUCUGAUUCCAAAUAAAUUAUUUGGUGAUUUUGA